AUGGGCAAGAGGGCGGGCGACGCGGGGGCCCCGUCGCCUGCGAAGAAGCUCCUCGAGACGGAACGCGCGUCGAUGCAUCAGGGCCACGUCAAGGAGUGGGCGCGCCAAGCGAAGCACUACGUCGACCAUAGUUUGCUCAGCUUCCUGGGGCAGCGCAAGCGCGAGGUGUCCUUCGCGGUGCCCGCCAAGUGUUCUUUGCUUCCGCCGUUGGCCAUCACUGAUGCUGCCGCUGGCGCAAACCUCAGUUCGCUUCGCGAGGUCAUGGACUACGACAACCUGGUUGCGAGCUUCUCCCGCACCAAGGAGUGCGAGGCAGCGGGGGCGGCGCGCACGUUGGACCCGACUUGCUCGGAUAUCGACGACGUCACUGUACGCCAGCUCGAGGGCGCCAUGGGCGCGUGGUCAGACGAGGCGCACCCCCUCUCCUCCAAGCACGCGCCCUCGCGGCGCCUCUCCUUCGACGUGCCCAUCCCCGCUCUGGCGGUCGACGCCAAGGUCGCCCAGCGGCUUGAGCCUAACAAGCCUGGAGCUUGCUCGACAGAGGCUCUGACCACGCUCGCGGAGCGCGCGGCGGCCAUCACGCGGCGCGCUGCCAUGGGCGAGGCGCUCCAGCAAUCCAUCGAAGACCGCGCGCGGCAUCUGUUCAACGCCGCGUUGUCCGUGCCCAUCAGGAUGCGCUUGCUGCCCGAUGGUCUGCGCCCUUUCGUCCUCGACGGCGCCUGCAGUUCGGCUUUCGCGCUGGCCGAAGCGCAUUUCCCAGAGCUUCGCGAAUCUGCGCUUCUCAUGGGGAUCGGCUUCGCCUGCUCCACGAGGGCUGUCUCUGACGCCAAGGCCAGGGAAUUGUUCGUUGUCGUCGUGAACAGCAUCCGCGCGGCCCGCUGGGCGGGCGACGCCCCGAAGGGCGAGGAACUGCCCGCGAGCCGGGUCAUCGGGCGCGACGGGAAGACGCCAGCGAUGCCCCGCGCUCUCUUCAAGAAAAAGGAGCUCGUCGAGUACAUCCCCCCCGGGGCGUUUCUCAUGAACAAGGGAGUGGGGAACGACAUGGCGGCAUUUAAGACGCUUCUCCACAUCCCCCAGAAGUUCGCUGCCUCUGGCGCGGAUGGGCCCGUGGCUUCGCACCGCGCGCCCGACUCAGGCGGCGGCGCCGACGGGAUGGAGACAUUGUUUGCGCUCCGCGUGGCUGAGCAUCGGAACGCCGUGGAUGUCAAGACGAAGGAGUUGCAGAACAGCACCACUGGGUUCGUCUGGCACGCGUGCCUCGCCGAGACCAGCCAGUGCGUCGGCGCCAAGCACCGCGACUUCGCGGCCGCGCGCGCGGGCGGGCCGACCCCCGCCGACCCCGAGCUGGAUGCAAAUCUCGGCUUGCCGGGGAUGUCCGAGCUCGGGGACGAGCAAAAGGAAGAGCUCCAGAAGCUCCAGGGGCAGCCCAAGCAGCUCCGCAGGAAAGCUGUGAAGUUCGUAAGUUUGCCGUCUGUCGGCGCUGCCUCUGGCGCGGAGUACGCAGUGGCGCAGAUGCAGAGCUUGUGGGAUGCGCUCAGCCUCGGGCACCGCUUCGGGGGGAAGAAGAACGACGUUCGCGCGUUCAUCCUCUCAGCGGAGCUGUUCCCGCCCAACGUCGCCAAGCAAGGCGGCAAGGCGAGGAUGAGCGAGCAGAUGGCGCGCGACGAGGCGAAGUUCAAGCGCGUCACCGGGUUCUUCUUGCAGAAGAGGCAGAGCGAUGAUAUCCCCAUCUUCCUCGACGGCAGGAGCCGCGCGAACCGCAGGGCCAUUGAGUCCUUUGAGGCGAAGUGGGAGUCAGGAGGCACCCGCGCGCACGUCGGGCGCUGGUUCGCGCACGAGCAACCGACGAAGAAGGAGGACCCGCGGUCCGCAGCCAGGGCGUCGAGCUACACGAACAACAGGGAGACGGCCAUUUUCUCGACGCCACUCAAGGGCCCGCCGCGGAAAGUGGCGCACCGUGCGGGGUUCAACGCGCGCGGCGAGUCCUCGACCGCAGACGCGUCAUACAGCGGUAUCCCAAUGCGGCGUUUCUCCGAGCUCCCUCUCAUGGACCACGAGACGAAGACGAGCAUCUUGGGAGCUGCAUCUUGCGCUAGCGCUGACGGGGGGCCUCCGCGCCUGCAGGGGGACAUCGGCUCGAAGGGCCACCCGUUCUCGCACAGCGAGGUGGAGCCGCUCAGCUUGUGGCAGACUCUCGUGUAG